UCUCUUUCUUCCGCGCUGUCGCUCUUCACCCUUCGCCCUCUUGCUCGCUAACGUACGCCGGUGGGUGACGAUGCCGAAGAGGACUACGCACACGUACUCGAGCGAGGAUGCCCAUCCGGACGGUCCUGAAUCCGAUCUAUUCGUGUACUACUGCAAGCACUGUGGGUCCCAUGUUCUCAUCACAGACACCCAGUUGCAGAAAAUGCCGAAACGGAAAACUGACAAAGCACAUGUAUUGGAUAAGAAGAAACAUCUUGCAAGGCUGAAUAUUACUGAGGCUGGAAAAAUUCUUCUUAAGCGCGGCGAAGGAAAACUGGAAAAACAAUUCCGCAUGACCUGUUUGGGUUGUGGGCUUUUUGUUUGUUACCGCUCAGAAGAAGAUUUGGAAGCUGCUCCUUUCAUUUAUGUUGUUGAUGGUGCGCUAAGCUCAGUUGCGGCAGAAACAAAUCCACAGGAUGCCCCUGUACCACCCUGCAUAUCGCAAUUAGAAGGUGGCCUAGUUCAAGUGGCUAUAGAAGUAGAAGACCGUGCUCAACGUUCAGCAAUUACAAGAGUAAAUGCUGAUGAUGUUCGAGUGACUGUAGCUGCACCUGCAGCCCGAGGAGAAGCUAACAAUGAGUUGUUGGAAUUCAUGGGAAAGCUGUUGUUUUUGAUACAGGUGCUGGGCUUAAGAUUGAGCCAGAUGACUCUUCAGCGUGGAUGGAAUAACAAAUCAAAGCUCCUUGUGGUGGAGGACUUGUCUGCAAGGGAGGUGUAUGAGAAGCUUUUGGAAGCUGUGCAACCAUGAAGCUGUGCAUGCAUAGGGAAACAUGCGCUUUGUGCUAGUGGGUGGGGUUUGUAUGCUAUUGGCUUUAUUUUCAUGGAGGUUACAUUCAGGUGACUGCAGGUGUCAGUGUCUGUGCUUGCACUCUUGGAGGAUGGUGAAAACACAUGGUAUAAACGAAAGAAACCGUGCUGACUUUUUCCAUGGCUUUGUAGGUUGAAAAUAGGCAUUCAUGCUGAAGAAGGCAUGCUUUCAGUUUUUUUUUUUAACCAUGACAAUGACUGUUUCUCAUAUAACUUAAGAUUUAGAGAUUAUGCUAUUUCACUGUAUCUUUAUGCAAUGAGAUUACGUUUUGCAUACAAA